AUGGCGAGCAGCACUGACCACUGGGGCAAGAGGAAGCAGGAGGCAGCAGAGCGGCAGUCGCUCAAGGGGCGAGUGCACCAGAUCCUCAGCCAUGCACAAUACAAUCCGGACGUGCUUCCUGACCUGGAGGAUUAUGUGCAAGAGCAGAUUGUAUCUGAGACCUACGAUCUCAACGCAAACCUCUGCCUCCUGCGAUUAUAUCAGUUCAAUCCUGCGAGCGUGAACAUCCAUGCUGUGGCGCGCAUCCUGGUCAAGGGCCUGAUGGCGCUCCCCGCGCUCGACUUCCAGCUGUACAUGAGCCUCAUCCCGGAGCGCCUGCACGUGGAGGAGCCCUUUGCCACGCUGCUCAACCUGGACGCCCUCCUCGAGACCGCGCGCUUCAAGGAGUUCUGGACCGAAGCGGCGCGCAACCGCGACAUCCUGGAGGUCAUCCCAGGCUUUGAGGCGGCGAUGCAGCGGUAUGCCGUGCACGUGCUGGCCAUGACGUACCUGCGGGUGCCGCUGCCCGUCCUCGCAGAGGCCAUCAACAUGAACGGCCCCCUGCUCGACAAGUACAUCGGGCAGCAGGAGCGGAAGGGCUGGGAGCAGCUCACGACACCCGAGGGCAAGACGGUGGUGAAGUUUCCGAGCUCAGAGUACAACACACCUUCUCUUCGGAAAAUUACGUCCGACAACCUUCCAUUAGAGCAAAUAUCGAAACUGCUUCCUGUUGUCGAGUCAACUUCUUUGUAA